AUGUCACUCAGUAAUCCAUCACCAACACUGGGGGGAGCGAACGGAAGACCUCGUAGAAGUGUCAAGCCUGUCGAUAGAUUCGGUGUCUCUGACAAUACUGCAUAUCCCGAUGACUUGGCAUUGUCCACCACUGAGGAAGAAGGUUCGGGUUCAGACUCUGACUGGAAUGAUGACAGUGAUGAUAACUACAUCUCAAAGAGUCAUGACGACGAUGACCAUGUCAGUGAGACAGACUACGAUGCCACUCCAACAAAGAAGAGGAAACAAGCAAGUGGCCCCAAUAGCAACAAGAAGAGUAAUGGUGUUGUCCCUGAGAAGAAAAAGAAGAAGCAACAGAGUCCAGAGACAAACAAGAAGAUCAAGAAAGAGUCGUCUGCUGGUGGUAGCAGUAGUAAGUUUGGAACGUCACCUGACAUGAAGAAGAAGAAGAAGAACAUCGUCAUGCCACAGUCACAGAUUGACACAACAUCACAAUGGGUCACCAAGGCGGUCAAGCCGUCAAACAACAAUGCCACAGAUGAUCGCAACUUCUCAUUCACCAGAACCAACUCCACUGGCAGCAGUGUCGGAGGAGGAGGAGGAGGAGGAGGACCCAACAGACUGGCAUCAAUUCGCACAGUUGGACAGAAGGACUUCUUUCAGCAGUUCUUAUUCAAACCAAAGGCUGACACUAUUGACCUCUUGGACGACGACGAUGACUUUUCAUCAUCGUCAAAGACGACCCAAUCAACGGCUGCCAUCAGUCCAAAGCGCACACCGACGUCCAAUAUUGUAAGGACGACCGAUCCAUCACCACGCAGGAGGGAGGGAGAGGAGCAGAAGGAACAGUCACCCAACAUUGAGGUGCCCGUCGAUGAUGAAGAGCUACCUGUCGUCAAUAGAAAGCGAGUACAUAAGCCACUGUUCAACAACACUCCACCAAAGAAGAAUCAACAGAUCAACAAACAAGUGAUAUCAAUCGACAUUGACGAGUUGAUAUUUGAUGAUGAUGACGACGACGUCAACGACAAGAAGAAGAUGGAGGAUGAAGACGAUCAGUCAACAGAGGAGGAGAAAGAGGUGGAGAGACAUGCCAAGCAGGCCAGGAAGUCAUUUGUCAAGCAAUCAAAGGUCACUGACGUUGAUGUUGAUGUUGAUGUUGACAAUGAUCACUCAGUGGAUGGUGGUGCCAUCAUGGAGGAUGACCAGGCAACAGAGGAUGAGAAUGACUAUAGAAUCAUGCAGGAUGUGGACAGUGUGGAGUUUGAUGAUGGCAUAUCUCAGUUGCAAAAGUUGAUCAAGGCCUGCGAGAUGUUCUCAGAGAGGAUGCUCAAGAUUCUGUCUGGCUUUGAGGACCCCAAUGGCGCCACGACCACACACGAUGUUGAACACCAGACAAAGGCAUCACACUCCAUUACCAAACAACCAUCGAUCAUCAACAAGUCCAUGAGGUCUUACCAGCUCAUUGGCCUGAACUGGAUGUCCAUUCUAUACAAGGAGAACAUCAGUGGAAUACUGGCUGAUGAGAUGGGUCUUGGAAAGACAGUACAAUCCAUUUCAUUGUUGGCGCACAUCUACGAGAGGUAUAAAGACACAGGACCACAUUUAAUUAUUGUUCCUGCAACGACUUAUUACAACUGGCAACGAGAGUUGGCCAUGUGGUGUCCAACACUAAAGGUGUACCAGUACUAUGGUACACAGAAGGAGCGAGAGUACCAGAGGUACGAACUUAGAAAGAUGAAGCCAGGCGUGGACUUCAACGUCAUCAUUACAACCUACAACCUCAUGUAUAAUUCAAAGGAUAGAGCAUUCCUAAAGAGAUAUAACUAUACGUAUCAAGUGUUGGACGAGGCCCAGAACAUAAAGAACAGCGACUCUAAGAAAUAUAAGAACCUUUAUAAGUUUCAGGCUAAGCACAAACUACUCCUAACAGGUACACCACUACAGAACAAUAUACAAGAGCUAUGGUCAUUGUUGAACUUCUUGAUGCCUCAUAUCUUUGGCAAGGUCAAGAACAAUGAGAUGUUGGAGGAGUUGAUGGGCUCAAAUGAGAAAAACCAAGUCAUUGCCAAGAUGAAGAAGAUCUUGGCUCCGUUCAUUCUGCGACGUCUAAAGACAGAGGUCUCACUGGAGCUCAAGCCCAAGCAAGAGCACAUCGAACUCAUCACAAUGAGCGAGUCACAGAAGGUCUUCUACGACCAACUGAUCACAGACAAUCGUGCAAAGUGGGAGAGGCGACAGGAAAUACGUGCCAGAGAGAAGAGGAGACAAGUUGCAAUGAGGAAGAAGAGGUCAAAGAUCAACAAGACAAAGUCAAAGAAGAAGAAAGGAGAAGAUGAGGACAUUGAUGUUGAUGAGGAGGAGGAAGAGGAAGACUUUAGCAUCGAUGUGGAUAAACAGGACACUUAUGUUGGCAACGAUGGAUACUUGUCCAACCUGUUGAUGCAGUUGCGUAAGAUCGCCAAUCAUCCACUGCUUUGCCAGAAGUUCUUCUACACUGAUGACCAGCUGACCAAGAUCAAGAAGAUCCUAAGACACAACGACAAUGAGUACAGCGAUUACUCACCGGCUGAUAUGGACGAGUUAUUCUCUGGAUUGUCAGACUACCAUGUGCACUGCAUUGCCAAGAAUCAGGAGAAGAAUCUCUUGGAUAAGUACGUCAUCCCCGAUGACCAGCUGGUGCACAGCUCGAGCAAGUGUGUAAAGAUGAACGAGAUCAUUGCCAAGAACAAGGAGCACUCCAAGAUUCUUAUCUUCUCCCAGAUGACCCAGGUGUUGGAUAUCCUCGAGGAGGUGUUGGCCAUCCAGGACAUAUCGUUCUGUCGACUCGACGGCCAGACACCAGUAACAGAGCGCCAGGACAUCAUUGACCUGUUCUCCAGCGACGACACCAUCCCCGUCUUCUUGUUGUCGACACUUGCCGGUGGUCUGGGCAUCAACCUUACCUGUGCCAACGUGGUGAUCUUUUACGAUCUGUCGUUUAACCCCCAGGUGGAUCGCCAGGCAGAGGAUCGAGCCCAUCGUAUCGGCCAGACAAAGGACGUCUAUGUGCAUAAGCUUAUCGUGGAUGAGUCAGUGGACACUACCAUUCUUGAGAUGUGCACCAAUAAGAAGGAGUUGAAUGACACGGUACUUGAGGAAGGAUCAUACGAGACCAAUGCAAUGGAUGGUGACUCUGACGACGAUGGUGGCAGCAGCAACAAGCUGACGACAGGCAAGACUGAAUCCAAGAGAAUAACCAAGUUACUCACUUCUAUUUUUUCAACAACAUCCGCUGCAAAGUGA